AAUCCCUUUUUACGCGCACGCACAGGAAAGAGGCUGGGCAAGAUACGCCAUUCACAGGCCGAAAUCACUUCAUAUGCCAAUUCUUGCGUCCUCUCCUAAUCAUAGCUAUUCUUAGCAGCAAACCAUCAUCGCAACUUUCACGACUACUGAACACAGUCACGUUUUCAAGAACAGCACAACUCAAUACCUACAAUCACACAUUCGCACAAGUAACACCAGCAUCCAAUAAUGGCUACAAAGGCCGCCUCAAAAAGGCUCGGCAAAGAAGCCCAAAUGAUGGACAGGGAUCCUCCGCCAUUCUGUUAUGGUCGUCCAAGAGAAGAGAAUGUGUUAGAAUGGCACUUUAUCUUACGUGGACCGCCAGAUACACCUUUCCAUGGAGGUGAAUAUUGGGGACAACUAUUAUUUCCACCAGAAUAUCCAUUCAAACCUCCAGGAAUCAAAAUGUCUACACCAUCUGGUCGAUUUCACACGGAUACAAAGAUCUGUACAUCUAUGAGUGAUUUCCAUCCUGGAAGUUGGAAUCCUGCUUGGAGUGUUGCCAACAUCCUUGUCGGACUGCUCUCGUUCAUGUGCUCGGAUGAAAUGACGACUGGAAGUGUGAUGGCAACACAUGCUGAUCGUCAAACAUUGGCACGAAGAUCGCACGCAUUCAACAUCACACAACCAAAAUUCAAACGAUUGUUCCCGGACUACUGCGACGCUACUAUUCGUGCUUUACCUAAUAUGGGCGAAAAGAAGAAGGAUGACGGAGAAGGCGCUUCUAGUGCCCUAAAUCCAAGCAGCAUUGCGACGAAGGAGAAGAAUAACACAGACACUUCUGCACCAGGUAAGGUGGGAUGAUGAAUGGAUAAAGCAUACUUAUGGAACUUUACUGACCUCGUUUCCAUUCUCACAGAAACCUUGACUCAAAAUAGUCCUACAGCAAAAGCCUCGACACUUGUUGCAAGACACGCUCCUCGUACAGAAGCAAUACCACAACGACAAAACCCCCCACAAGCAACAGGACAGGCGCAGCCAAACCAACAAAGAUCUCGAGCUCUUUUCCCUCUCCUUGUAGCACUGGCAGCCUAUCUUUUCAUCUCUCGAUUAGCAUCCAUUAUGGGAGGCAGUGCUGGUACGAGCACGGCAAGUGAAAUCUGAGAGUGGACAUCCACUUCUCAAAUGACAGUCGUACCCACUUCAUAUAUCCCUCCAUUGUAUUUAUUAUUAGCA